CAAGUCACCAUGAAGAUUCAAGCCUUCACAAUUAUUGCUGUUGUAGCAGCCCUACUCCCGGUAGUAAACUGCGCUCCAGCAAAAAACGAAUCCAAGGAAGAAGACCGAUCUUGUACUAAAAGGGAUGAGGAUGCCCGAAAAGAGAAAGGACCUGUUGUAGCCUGCAAUUAUUUUUGCCAUCCAUACGAAAAUUCUUACUACUACGAAGAGAAGCACUAUCCAGAUGGUGUGGUGUGCAUGUACACCGAUACGGUGGAGAGCAAGUGCAAGAAUAACGAAUGCCCCCCUCCAGAGGAGGACAUGGAGAAAAAAAAUAAGACAGAAACAGGGCAAAAUGAUGAAGGAGGCAAGCAAGAUAAAGAUGAAGGAAAAGACAAUGAGAAAGGUGGGACAGGGGAAGUGAGUACUGAAGGAAGCGAGCAAGGGAAAGAAAAGCCGAAAGAAAAUGAAGUGAGUACUGAAGGAAGCGAGCAAGGGAAAGAAAACACGACAGAAAGUGAAGUGAGUACUGAAGGAAGCAAGCAAGGGAAAGAAAACACGACACAAAAUGACCAAGACACAGGAAAAGAGGAAAAGAAGGAAGAGGAGAAAAAGGAAGAGGAGAAAAAGGAGGAGAAAGGGGAAGAGGGUAAAGAUGAAGAGAAGAAAGAGGGAGAGUUGUCAAAAGACGCUGAUGACACGGCGAAAACAAAAUAA